AUGUCAGAUACAGAUAACACUAUUGAUGAUGUCCAACAGGAGAAUGGAGAUCAGACUAUUGAAGAAAAUGAAGAUACCAAGACAGAUGACACCAAGGCAGAGUCUGUCGUAGAUGAUCCUGAACUGGAAGAGAUGAAAAGAAGAUAUAAAGAGAUGGAGGAGGAGACAAAGAAGUUGACAGAACUACAGAAUAGUAUUGAAGCUUCAGCAGGCGCAUUUGGUGAUCAGGAGGAGAUUGACGCACGCUCUGUAUAUGUUGGCAACGUUGAGUACACUUCGACACAAGAGGAGAUACUGGCGCACUUCCAAUCAUGUGGCACUGUCAACAGAAUUACAAUUCUAAACGAUAAGACGACAGGUCAUCCCAAAGGAUGCUGCUAUGUAGAGUUUGUCGAUAAGGACUCUGUUGCGACUGCUAUUCAUUUGAACGAUACGAUGUUUAAGGAUAGACAGAUAAAGGUUACGCCUAAGAGAACAAACCUGCCGGCCUACAUGCGAUAUCCACGUGGAGGAAGAGGUGGUGGUGGCAGAGGCAGAGGUGGACGUGGCGGUCCACCCAUGGGAGGACGCGGCGGUGGUGGCGGUGGUGGCAGAGGCGCAUUCAGAGGAAGCAAGAGACCCUACCAUCCAUACUCAUGA